AUGCGGAGACGGGUUUUCGUGACCGUCGCUGAAGAAGAAGAAGAAGAAGAGAGGGUUUCUCGUGAACACCCCGUGGGAUCCGUGGGAAUAGAAAAGAAAUCCUUUGGAAAUCUAAAAAUUGCAUCUGUGCUACCAGUCGGCAAAAGCAAGUUGCGCGUUCAAAAGGCUCGCAACAGUGGCUUGAUGUUCCCGUACACUAGAGUCCGACGGGAUUUGUUACGAGCGCUUCAUGCCGGGAAACGAUGCCGCGUUACGAAAGAGGCUUCUAUUUUCUGCACAGCGAUAGCGCAGUUUCUCACUCGAGAGGUUUUGCAGAAAUGCGAUCGCGUUCUUCAAAUGAAGACUAAGGACCAUGGGCAGGUGCAUUCGAAAAUUUCUCCCAAGCUGAUUAACUUCGUCGUUCGGGACGAUGUGGACUUGGGUGUGUUUUUUGAGCGGGUUCUCGUGCGGCAAAGCGGGUUUGUUCCUCGCUUCGGGGAGAGCAAAGCGAAUCCAAAAGAACUUUCAAGCAUCAUCGAAUGUUGCAAGAAAUGAUGUUUCGGAAGAUAUCGACCAUGUUUAUCCGUUGUGGGAAGUCAAAAGUUUCAAGCCCAAAUUUAACACAAAUUUUUUUGUAUGGAGUCUGUAGAGCGACAUGGCAACUUUGUAUGAGUUCUUUCGGUUGUAGAAAUCACCCAUCCGUCGUUGGUGUCGGAAAAUUAUCGACUGUUGUUUCUCUAAAAAUUGUCGAAAUCUUGUGGCAUUGCAUUUGCGUGCAAUAAUUAAAGAAGUAUUCUAGUAUUUUUGCAAAUUGCAUUUAUUUCAUAUUACCUACUGCUCGAUGAAAACUGCCGG